AUGCGAGGAUGUCAACUGGCCAAUCAAAAUGCGCAUCGCAAGGAUGCCAUUCCGGUUCACUUGAAUCUACUCUUGCAUCCUUCCAAACUGACAUGGCUAGAAAGUCUUUCGAAGUCUCUUGCCAUGUCAACGUCAAGUCGCCGGCGUAAUCGCUCCUUGGCUUCUUGUGAGCCAUGCCGGAAAUCAAAGAUCCGAUGUGACCACCGGAAACCGAUUUGUGCCUCUUGUCAACGCCGUGGUCUCCACUCACAAUGCUGGUAUCAUCCUGCGCCUCUGACCAAACAACAGACUUCUCAAGAACCGACUCUAUCAACUCCGCCUCUCUCAUACCAUGAGGCACAGGAGGGACCUUCGAAUAAGGUCAACAAUCCCCCUGCUGGAACUCCAAUCUUCCACGCAUGGCCGUUCAUGUCGGCUGACCCCAGUGGUUCGACAUCGCAGGCCACGAUACCUGGGCAUCACAACUACAGCAUAAAAGCCCACAAUGAGCACUUGGCGACCAUCGAAGACAUUGUCUCACAACUGAAACUAUUGCCAGUCAUUGAAAAACGACUGCAGGAGUAUUAUUCAUUCAGUCAAGUUGCACUUGUGCCUAGACCGCUUGUUUUGCAGCUGGUCGCUUCCAUUCGGAUUGGUCUCGCAACUGCAGGCUAUAUAAAGGAAGAGAGUGACGACGAAAUCUCCGUUCACCAUUGUUCGCGACUAGCAGAGGAUCUUUUACGCUCAUCUUCAUCGGAAGUUAUCAUCACGCCAGACUUGGACUUGGGGGCCUUCUGUGCGUUAUUCGGCGGGGCACAUUUGCGCAUAGAAACUAUAGGGUUAUUGUAUACCAUGGCAGCACGAUCAUCUCUCUAUGCUGUAAGUCACAGACGCGAAAAAUACCAAGAUGAUGGGUUCAUUCAGGAAAUGGCUUGGUAUGGCAACUUGAGCUUGCGAUUGUCUCGAGAACUUGCACCCCAAACAACUGAUCUGAUGAUAUGGCUUGCUCAUGAAAGUCUCCAACUUACCACACUUUUCGAGGGAGACGCAAGUCUAGGUGUUUGGAGACGGGUAGGCGACCUCGCUACAGAUCUACUAGCUUUAGGUCUGAACAGAGAAGCCACAUACUCAGAUACGCCGUUUUUCUUGGCACAGUGUCGACGAAGAACUUUUGCUAGGGCUUACUAUCUCGACAAAGUGUUCGCAGCAGUGUUUAAUCGACCACCUCGAAUAAACUCUCGACAUGCAGACUGCAGCCUACCGUUGGACUUGUCUGAUGAUGAACUUUUCACAUCGUCAGACCAACAAGAACAAGCAAAAUGCAACCUUACACAGGAUGGAUGGAACACAGAUGGGAAGCAUAGAGCUGCAACGUGGGUUCGAAUACGUUACAUUCUAGCACAGUUUCGUGAAGAAACCGUCGAAUAUCAAUUCCGAUCAAUACAACCGGCCGACACUAUCAAGCUGAGAGAUUUAUCCAAUCGCUGCCAGCAAGCGUGGAACCGUUUACCCUAUUAUCUUCAAUACAGGCAGGACUGCUGGAAAUCAAACCUCCCACCCAUUCUUUGCUAUAUGCAUGCAAAAGUCUACCUAUCAUAUCUGCACAUCAACUUCCAAAUUCACCGAUUACUUGGUAGUAGUGAUGGUAACAUGACUCCCCAGCUAGAGUUGCUUGAGGUGUCAGCGAAAAUGCUCGAAACAAUCGUACAAAUGGCAAAUUACCGCCGGAGAACCUCUUUCUCACCUCCCGAUCUUCCUGGAAUUAUUCUCUCAUAUGGUUUGCCAUGUGCUGCAAUCCUUUCAACCGCUCUGGAUCCUGUUAUCCAAGGUUCAUCAAGGAAAACAGAACUUUCCCCCAGCAUGAAGACCUCCAACCUCAUUCGCAACCUCUCUGUCCUGGUAAAUCAACUCGAAAGUGUCUCAAGCCCUAGUGACACCAAUCAUGUAUUCUGCCUCAAAUCCUCGAAGGCUAUUUCGCGCAAGCUCGACCGCAUAUUGGAUAGCUUUACAACAUCCAUUUCUACAAAUCCUCCUGACCAUCCAGAACCGGCCACGACACCUUAUACGCUAGACAAUGCAUCCUUUGAGGCAAUGGCGGAUAUUGAUAAUACUGGCCCUGUUGAUUUCGACUUUUUCGAUCUUGCGGAUUGGGCAAUUGAUUUUGAUAGAGGCGCUAUGGGUGAUGAAUAUAACAUGGUUUGA